AUGGCCACCACAGUUUUCCUUUUCACCUUGCUCUUGUUCUUCUUCACAAACCCACCUCAUGUUUAUGGAAACACAGAGCUGAGAGCACUCAUGGACAUCAAGGCCCUUUUGGACCCCCAGAGUCUGUACCUUUCUUCAUGGACUGUCCAUGGAGACCCCUGCGACACGUCGUUUGAAGGCGUAGCGUGCAAUGAAGCGGGUCGGGUUUCGAAUAUUUCAUUGCAAGGGAAAGGGCUAGAUGGGAAGCUGUCUCCUGCCAUUGGAGAGCUCAAGGAUUUGACUGGGAUUUACAUGCAUUAUAACUCCUUGAAGGGAGAGAUACCCAAAGAGAUUGCCAACUUGACUCAGCUCAGUGACUUGUAUUUGAAUGUUAAUAAUCUAAGUGGAGAGAUUCCUCCUGAGAUUGGAAACAUGGGCAGCUUGGAAGUUUUGCAGCUUUGUUACAAUCAGCUAACUGGAAGCAUACCAACGCAGCUGGGGUCUUUAAAGAACCUCAGUGUUCUUGCUCUGCAGUCCAACCAGUUAACCGGUGCGAUUCCAGCAAGUUUAGGAAACUUGGAAAUGCUAAUGAGACUCGAUCUGAGCUACAACAACCUCUUUGGUUCUAUUCCCAUGAAAGUAGCUGAUGCCCCUUUGCUUGAAGUUCUGGACAUUCGGAAUAAUACCCUCUCUGGCAAUGUACCUCUUGCUCUGAAGAGACUAAAUGACGGAUUCUCUUAUGAAAACAAUCUGGGAUUGUGUGGAGCCGGAUUUAUGUCCUUAACAGCCUGUAACACUUCCAGUCAUCUUAAUGCAAGUAGACCUGAACCCUUUGGAUCGACUGGGACAACACGAGCUAUCCCGGAGACUGCAAAUGUGCAGUUGCCUUGCAACCAGUCUCGGUGCUCGAAUAUGUCAAAAUCCCAUCAAGCAUCUGUUGCUGUUGUUGUUGGUAUUGUCGUACUAACAGUUGCCUUAUCGGCUAUAGGAAUUCUACUUUUCACACAGCAUCGUCGUCAAAAACAGAAGCUUGGGUCCUCAUUUGAUGUUUCUGAUGCCCGUCUUAGUGUUGAUGAGACUAAGGCUAAGGGAGUAGCUCACAGGAAAUAUGGCUCUCCACUUAUGAGCCUUGAGUAUUCUCAAGGGUGGGAUCCUUUAGCUGAUGGGAGGAAUUUAAGUGCAUUUGCCCAAGACGUGUUCCAUAGCUUUAAGUUCAAUUUGGAUGAGGUGGAGACUGCCACUCAGUAUUUCUCUGAGGUGAAUCUAUUGGGGAAGAGUAACUUCUCUGCAACCUAUAAAGGAAUAUUACGAGAUGGGACUGUUGUGGCUGUUAAGAGCAUUGGAAAAACUUGCUGCAAGACUGAGGAAGCAGAGUUCUUGAAGGGGUUGAACAUGUUAACCUCAUUGAGGCAUGAAAAUUUAGUGAAAUUGAGGGGAUUUUGUUGUUCAAGGGGCCGCGGAGAGUGCUUUCUCAUUUAUGAAUAUGUUCCAAAUGGAAGUUUGCUGCGAUAUCUUGAUGUGAAGGAGGGCGACAGCCAUGUUCUUGAAUGGUCAACUAGAGUUUCUAUUGUGAAGGGCAUCGCAAAAGGUCUAUCUUAUCUACAUGGAUACAAGCCAAACAAACCGGCUCUUGUUCACCAAAACAUUUCAGCUGAAAAAGUGCUGAUUGACCAGCGAUUCAACCCUUUGCUUUCAAAUUCCGGCCUGCACAAGCUUCUUACCAAUGAUGUCGUUUUCUCAGCACUCAAGGCCAGCGCUGCUAUGGGCUACCUAGCUCCAGAGUACACCACUACCGGACGGUUUACAGAGAAAAGUGAUGUCUAUGCAUUUGGAGUGCUGGUUUUCCAAAUCCUAUCAGGGAAACGGAAAGUAACUAACUCCAUGCGUCUUGGUGCUGAGUCAGGCAGAUUUGAAGACUAUAUUGACCAAAACCUCAAUGGCAGGUUCUUUGAAUAUGAAGCGUCCAAGCUUGCAAACACUGCUUUGCUCUGCACUCAUGAAUCUCCAAUUGAGAGACCAUCUAUUGGAGAAGUUGUUCAAGAGUUAAGUAAUUGCAGUAGCUGUCUCUGAUUCCUCAACAUAAAUUUCACCCUUUGCCUCAGUAAUAGGUAAUGGGAUAAUAGUUAGCCAGGUAAACUAACUGCCAACUUCGGUCGAUAGUUCGGGGACUUCAUGAUGUAAUUUAUGUGUCCUUUUU